AUGCGGACCCACCCCUACUCUACCUUCGUGGAUCUGACGAAAGCCUUCGACGCGGUGAAUCACAAAGGACUGCGGAAAAACAUGCAGAAAUGCGGCUGUUCCAAGCGAUUCACUCAGAUGGUGCGUCAGCUUCACGUUGGCACGAAGGCGCGCAUCAUGGACAAUGGAGCCGUCUCGGAGGCAUUCGCAGUGAUCAACGGUGUGGGGCAGGGCCGCGUCCUCACUCAUACUCCCUUUAGUUUCAUGUUCUCUGCCAUGGUGAUGGACGCCUACCGUGACGAACGCCCUCGGACCCGCAUCGUUUACCGGACGGACGGCCAUCACUCCAGUCAGCGGCGGAUGCACUUCCAGGCGCGCGUUUCCACAACCACCGCCCGUGAACUCCUCUUCACUGACGGCUGCGCUCUCAACGCUACCUCCGAAGGGGAUAUGCGAAGGAGCAUGGACCUCUUUGACACCGCCUGCGACAACUUCGGCCUGGUCAUCAUCACGGAGAAGACGGUGGCCAUGCAUCAACCGCCACCCGACGCUACCUACAACGCACCCCAAAUAAACCUGAAUGGCGCCCAACUGCAAAUCGUGGACAAUUUCACCUGCCUGGGUAGCACCCUCUCCUGCACAACAAAGACCGACGAUGAAGUGACCUGCCGAAUUGCCAUAGCCAGCCAAGACUUUGGCCGUCUGCAAAGCACUGUCUGGAACCGUCACGGUCUCCAUCUCAACACCAAACUGAAGAUAUACAAAGUGGUCACCCUACCGUCGUCGCUGUAUGGAGCAGAGAUUGGACGGCAUACAAGUAGCAGGCGCGAGGAAUCAACCACUUCUACUUCAGCUAUCAUCGGCGGAUACUGA